AUGUUAGUGCUGUCUAACAACACUGCACUGAAUUCACUCCUCUCCAAGCUAUUUCAAGACUACCUGGAGCGGACAAAUAGCUCUGCAUCUUCUCAGGUCCAAAGUGGUGGCGACAGCCUCGAAAUCAUCUAUGUGCUGCUGCUGAUCGGCCUCUUUGGCUUCUUCACGGUGGGAGUCAUGCUGACCAACAUCCGCGCCAGGAAGUUGGAGGACGACCACGACCCCUACAACAUGUAUAUUGCCUCAGACAUCUGGCCCAAAAAGGACAGGGCAUAUUUUCAGGCCAAGCUCAUAGAAAAUUACAAAUUGUGCUGUGUGUUCGAAAACCCACUGACUGUGGAGCAACCAAACACACAGAUUCCUGAGGUGAAGUGCUCCUAG